CACAUCACACACACAAAAAUUGUUCAAGUCUUUGUUUCUUUUCAAAGACUUAUAGCAGCAAGAAACAUGAAAAGCUCCUUCACGUUCACCAUCUUCUUCUUUGCUCUUCUCCUUACAUCAUCUUGUGUGGUGAUGAGUGCUAGGAUGCAAGAAAGCAAAAACGGUAUAUUAUUGAAGCCUAUGACAUGCAAUACCAAUGCAGAUUGUGCUAAGUUUUGCAAAGGUCCAAUCCACAACUGCCUAUAUCAUACUUGUGCCUGUGUACCGGGAAAUCCUCAUUGUUGCUAGAAACACAUAAAGUUUCUAAAAUUCUUUUGCUUCUGAUUCAAUAUUUUAUUUGCAUUGGAUUUGGAUUAGUUUUCACACAAAAAUAAAAUAAAAUUAUGUUUCC